GCGGUCAGGAAGCGCGCGUGGCGAUAGCACGCGUGCCUUCUCCUCCGUACGGCGCUGCCACUUCCGCGACCGAACGGCAGCAGCAACAGCCAACGCACGUUCACCACCAAUAGCCACCGUGCAUAAACAAGGCGUGGACCUGAGCAGGCUGAGCGGCGGCGCGACCGGCGGCGGCAGCCGAUAGCAUCGUCCGCUCCCGCCGCCGGCCACCCGCAAGCACGGGUGCACCGCCGUCCUUGAAGCUGGCCCACGCGCCCAGUGAAGCGACGCGCAGACACGCCGCGGCCGUCGCGACGACGCCUCUUCGUGCUGCCCGGCGACGACGAACCUCGCUUUCGGAUGGCCUGCCGUUCGGCACUGGUGGUUCUGUGGCUGGCGGCACUGGCGUGCUGCUUCUGCGGGGCGACCCGGCCGUCGGCGACGCGACCGCACGGCUUCAAGACGAUGCGCAGCGCGCGAGGACCCCCGCCGAGCGGCCGCACGCCGCCGACCACGGGCCGGCCCGUCGUCUACCCAACGUCCGGCGAGCUGAGGCCGCGGCUCGACGCGCACGGCAUGCCGGCCUGCGCCGCCCGCGGCCUGGGCGAGAGCGCAUACUGCGUUGAGGACGCCACUUACCCGACGCAGAUCAUACGGAACGUGCUGCAGAGCCUGAAUGUGGAUCUGAGCGACAAGGAGAUCCUGGCGCGACAGCCUCUGAACCACGAGGACAGCAUCGACCAGCGCGUGUGCACUACCAAGCGCAAGACCAUCUACCCGAAAACUGCGCGCAGUGCCGACCACGAGUGGCUGUACGUGGUCAACGACGUCGAGUAUGCUCAGGCCGUCACCACUGAAAUCUGCGCGAACGAGGAGGCCCCGUGCGACUUCGUGUCCAACGGCCUUCCGCCGGGUUACACGUCCGCGUGCCGACAGAAGUUCGCUUACCGCAAGAUGCUCGCCAUGCACCCGACCGAGAAGAAGGCGUACGCCGAGAACUUUCCCUUCCCGUCAUGCUGCGUCUGCUACGUCAAGGCCCCACCACUGGCCGGACGAAGCCUGAACCCGAGCCGCCGCCGCAACUGAGAACAGCAGUAGUGAACAACGCUCUCGGACAGGACGGGCGGGGCCUGCGCACUAUCCCAAGCGCGCCAUCGCUUCGAGAUGACAAGCAUGUUAUGCCCUGCGGCCUCUCGGGCCGACGUUGUGAGGUCGUACGUGGUGGUGCCUUUGCUCUAUUCGACUCAAAUGGGCAUCGAGACAUUCUUGCCGUCUACAUCCCGCGCGGCCUAACCUCCUCGCAAACGUUUUGUCACUCCUGUUGCGUCAAGAUAUGUUCUGUUUGGUCAGAGGAGGUGAAGAAGGCCGCCUUAUUGCGCGGUCUCUUGUUACGGUAUAGAGCAGGGCAUUUUCACCUGCCUAGCACUCCAUUCACGGCGUGUUGUGGGCGCAUGGAAUUACUUUUUAAAAAAUUAAAUUCCAGUAUUUUGCUUCCCAAAACCACAAUUUGGUUGUGAUGCACGCUGCAGUGGGGUGAGGGCUCCGGUAUAAUUCUGACCACUUCUCUUUUUUUUGUCUUUUUGCGUAGCUCGCACGUAUAUCUAUGAAAUGCGGCCGCUAUCGGACCCGCGACUUCGAGCUAAGUAGCGCGACGUACGCGUAGAAUUACGUCGUUGACGAUAUGGCACAUGUUGUGGACAUGUGAAAAAGGGCUCACGAAAAAAAGGCGAAUUCAAGCCUGUCCUGUUUCAGGGGCAGCAUGUAUAGACCACUUUACGAACGCGUUUAGGCGUGGCCAUCUUGGCGCGUUAAAGUAUAUAUCUGUUUUGCAUGUGCUGAAUGAACGGCAGUUGUGUAUACUCAUACGCAUGAAAACGUCCGUACAGGUGCAUUCGACGUCUCAAGACCUUGUUAAUUUGACAUCACGACGUUACGUAACUGAGAAAUUAUUGUCAUAAAAGUCCGAGAUGGCGGCACCCACGAAUUUAAAAUAACAUCGUCUACACUCUCUAUGUGCUUUGCUGAACGAUCCCACACACCGACACUUCACGGAAAGCUCGUUUGGCGGUUUGGAAGAAAAAAAAAAGAACCAUACGUUUCAGUAACGCUUAAAUUGUUGUCACUUACAAGCAGUACACUGGGCAAUUUAUCGGCACACUGCCUCGAAUUAGUACACCCUACUCGAAUCGCCGCUUCCAAGGCCUUUUUUUUUUUUUUUUUUCUACGUAGAGGAACGGCUGCGUCAAGACGCAUUCUUGUAUAGUCCUCGCCACCGAAGCACCCCAGAGCUCAGAAGAGUGUGGAAAAACGGCGAGGAAAACUGCAGCCAAAUAGCGAUUUCCUGCUGGAUUCUAGUCCCGGCGCUCAGCUGUGUCUGCAAUCUUUGCUUUCUGUGCGGCCUAUUCAUCGUCAUGCACGUCGCGACAAUUCCCGAAUCGUCGUCCGCCGUUUCUACAGGACUUCCAGCGUGUGUGUACCGCAUCAGCGGAUCGUCAUAUUGAUGUGGGGCACAUUGGACCAUCUCCCCGUGCCCUACAACAUCGCAUGCUGAAAUAAAUAAAAAAUGGUGUCAUCC